GACAUGGGCUAAAUUCAACCAGGCGCACUAGCAUGAAUUACUGGACUACAUCGCCGAUUCAUCGGUCCCAUGCCAUCAGCAACCAGUCGCAGGCGUGGGAAUUAAUCAACGAGAGCAGUCCGAAGUUGCCAUCCGUCUAGCGGCUAACGUGCCGCUGACUGGAGUCGGCAACAUGGCAAACGUUAAAGUGGCGAUUCGAGUACGUCCACUGAACUCCAGAGAGAGCGUGGAUGGAGGAGAAACCGCAGUACAAGUGGAGGACAAGGUGGUGAGGAUCAAGAAUAUGAAGCCUCUCUCCCUGCAGCUGGAGGGCCGUGCGGACUCGCGGGAGCGUCUGAUGGAGUUUGGCUUUGAUUACUGUUACUGGUCUGUGGACCCCGAGGGGCCCAACUAUGCAUCCCAGGAGGAGGUGUUUCAGGACCUGGGUGUGUCAGUGCUGGCUGGAGCAUCAGAAGGCUAUAAUGUGUGUCUGUUUGCGUACGGCCAGACGGGGUCAGGGAAGACCUACACCAUGAUUGGCACCCCAGACUCCAUGGGACUGACUCCAAGGAUUUGUCAGGGACUUUUCCGGUCUGGAGAGGAUUCCCCAGAUGAACAGAGCUCUUGUCGUGUGGAAGUCAGUUUCCUGGAGAUCUAUAAUGAGCGCGUCCGGGACCUGUUGAGGGGUGCUGACCAGAAGAAGCCGGCCGUGCUGAGAGUGAGGGAGCAUCCUGAGACUGGCCCAUAUGUGCAGGGUUUGUCUAAGCAUCAAGUAACGGACUACAAGCAGACCCUGGAUCUGUUGGAGAGAGGCAUUGGCAACCGCAUCACUGCGGCAACUCACAUCCAUGAUGCCAGCAGCCGCUCGCACGCCAUCUUCACCAUCCAGUACACGCAGGCUACUCUAGAGAAUAACCUCCCCUCGGAAAUUGUGAGCAAGAUCAACCUUGUGGAUUUGGCUGGCAGUGAGCGAGCCGACCCACACUACUGCAGGGAUCGCAUCACUGAGGGAGCCAACAUCAACAAGUCCCUGGUCACCCUGGGCAUCGUCAUCUCUGCCCUGGCCCAGAACUCGCAGAUGUUCAGCAGCUGUCAGAGCAUCAACAGCGUGGCCAGCGAGGGGGAGGGCAGCCUGGGCGGCAGCGUGUCCAGCUCCCUGUCGGCCGGCAGCGGCCGCAGGCACUGCUACAUCCCCUACAGGGACUCCGUCCUCACCUGGCUGCUCAAGGACAGCCUCGGGGGCAACUCCAAAACCAUCAUGAUAGCCACGGUUUCCCCCUCCUGCAGCAGCUACAACGAGACCCUCAGCACCUUGCGCUACGCAGCCCAUGCAAGGAACAUCGUCAACAAACCCAGAGUCAAUGAGGAUGCCAAUGUAAGGCUGAUCAGGGAACUGCGGGAGGAGAUUGACCGUCUGAAGAGCAUGCUUCUCAACUUUGGAAUGAGGAACCCCAGCCCCUCCCUGAGUGAUGAGAGAGAGGGGAGCCUGUCUGACAUUGUGCUUCAGAACGAGCUCAAGGUUGACCAGCUGACAAAGGACUGGUCAGAGAGCUGGACUCACAAGCGGGAGCUGCUGGAGCAGUACAGCGUGGACAUCAACCGUGACCGUGCCGGCUUCCUGGUCCACUCCCUGGUGCCGCACCUCAUCGCCCUGGACCGGGACGUCCUGAGCACAGGAGUCACGUUCUACCACCUCAGGGAGGGCUUAACCAGAAUUGGACCUCAAGGGGAUGGCCAGGAGGAACCUCAAAUAGUCCUGCUAGGUGGCGCUAGCUGUGAGAUUGAGAAUCAGUGUGGGGUCGUGACCUUGAGGCCUCUACCAGGCCAGGUGUGCAUAGUGAAUGGGCGAGAGGUGACAGAGCCAUGCAGACUGGCACAAGGUGCAGUGAUAAGCCUGGGCCAGUAUAAAUUUCGGUUCAACCAUCCAGCAGAGGCAGCUCUCCUGAGAGAGCGGAGGCGGACCAGCGAGGGUGCCCUACACUGCAGCCCAUCUGCACUCGGGCCUCUCUGUGCUGAUCCGAGCGUGGAGGGAACUGGUUGCCCGGGCGACGCACCUCCUCCCUGGCGGCGUGUGGAGGAGCAGCAGCGCUUUGUGGACCUCCUGCAUGAGGAAAUCCAGGUGGAGCAGAGGAAAGCAGAGCGGGACCUGGAGAUGGAGCAGGCCCACCUCAGACAGCAGCAGUCGGAGAUUCAGCAGUGGGCCCUCAAGCAGAAGCAGCGGCUAGCAGCCAUAGAGCAGAAGGUCACUAAUGAGUUGGGUGUGCAGACGGACCGACUGACCCCUCCCAUGAUGGAUUUGGCGUCUGAGGACCAAGACCAGGAGGGCAGUCGACCCCCAUCUGUGGUUGGCGACUGCAAGCAGGUGGUACAGGAGGAGCUGCUCCGACAUCAUGCGUUACGCCGAGCGGAAAACCGAAUGAGACGCAAGCGCCUGCACUAUCAGCUGCAGAGGAUCGCUCGCAAGCGCCACCUGCUGGAAGCCAAGGGGGAGCUGCAGCGUCUGGUGAACAGCGUACCACCAGGUCAAGAGGGCCCUUCCUCUCCUGAAUCAGACUCGGGUUCAAGGCGGCGGCCCCUACUUCUACGAAGGCAUUCUUUUUCUGCUGACCUGCUGUCACGUCUCUAUCCCCAACACACACCUAUCUUCAGUCAAUUCCUGAGGAGGAACAAAUCAUCAGAGUUCAUGUCACUCUAUCAGUGGUCCACUGGUCAAGGAAGACCCUCCUUUGAUGAUUACCUUCAAGAUCAGCCAAUGCGAGGGCGCUCUCAUACGCUACCCUCAGGUUACGGGAGAGGGAGCAGGAGCAGGGCCAGUUCCUCUGAGAACCUGAAAGCGCCCCUGAGGGAGAGGAAUACCCCUGAGCCCGGCAGUGGAAAGUUGUCUGGCUAUAAAGCUGGCCCAUCCAGGCGUGGGUCCCUGCCUAGGAGUAGGUCAAAUAGUCAAAGUAAAUCCUCAGAGGACAUGACUCCAGAUACAAAUUCGAAGGCCACAAAGAAACAUGUGCCUAUAAUUGGCAAAGCCAGUCUACAAAAGAACUCUACAAAGGGGGUGAAAAAUGGAGGCAGUAAAGGGUUGGAGACUAUUCGGAAGGUUUUCUCACGUUCAGUGGGCCCUGGGAUCAAAACUGCCCUCGCAAGGGUCUUCCGCAAGCCUCCUUUAGGCCUGCGAACAGGCAGGGCUGCCAAGCCUCUCAAAGCCCCAGGGAAACUGACUGUGAAACCAGGCAAAGAAAAAUAUACUUUAGAUGAUACAGAAAAGCAAGGGCAAGGACUCAUGAAGGCAACGGUGUCUUUAGACAACCUGGAGCAAACAACAGCAGCAACCCCACAAGAAGACACAGCCCAGAGGCGCUGGCACAGUGCCGAGGCCCUGUCCCCUCAGACGACGAGGUGGGAGGGGAGACAGCAGGACCUGGCGCACUGGAUCGAGAACCUCCAGGAGGAGGAAGGAAACCCUUCAGACUGUGACAGCCUCUUCUCGAUGGACUCGCUGUCCUCCGCUUACGCCGCAGCCCUGGCAGAACAGCUCAGGCAGGAGGAGUUGGAGAGGGGGCACAGUGAGACAGAGAGUGUAGGCAGUGAAAUGUCUGAGGACUCACUAGUCAUGGACAGCAGUGUAAAGCAUACAACUGUAAGACCUGCGGUGAGACAUCAGCAGGUACCACACCAUCUUUUGCUGUAUAGUAAUGCUUCUCAGGCAGUGGAAAAUGAAAGAAUUACUGGGGACAACAGCAAACAGCAAAGGAAAGAGGAAGAUGUGGUCAUGGAAGCUUCAGAUGAAAUGCCAGUAGAGGUUUACUGGAGCUUGUGCGGAUCUCCAAAAGUCAAAGCACGAACUGUAUCUGUCGGCAUACCAGACACUGACCAUGAGAGACAGUCUUUUACAGGCCGAGUUUGUGGAGAUAAAGUUGAAUCAAAGAUGAGUGAAGAACCGUCCAGCUGUCACUUAACACAGCAGAGCACACCUCGUUCCCUCAGCAGCUCCAGUAUCAGAGAGCCUGAGAGCAUGCUGGCUUUGACCGACGCUUGGUCUUCCAUGGAUGCUGCUGAUAGCCCCAGGAUCCCUAGGCCUUCCCCAGGCCAGAGAGCUCCCAGUCACCUGCUCAAGGAAAGCGACAGGAGCCUGAGCCCCAGCAGUCCAGAUCUGUCUGACCACAUGAGUGAGUCUGAGUGUCAGAGCUCAUUUUCUGCUGAAUCCACAGAAGGUGAGAACACAGUGCUACAAGCAGAAAGGUAUUGGGAGUCUGAAAGAAGUGCUGAAGAGCCAGCAAGUUGCUUUUUAAGAACUUCAUCUGAGGUGGUGCUAAGCUCAGGAAACACCCUUACUCUGGCCAGUGAGGAGAUGGUCAGUGAAAGUGCUGAACUAAGAACUUUGACUGAAGUGAUGCUAAGCUCAGGGAACACCUUGACUCUAGCCAGUGAAGAAAUGGUCAGUGCAUCUGAUGAACUGAUAAACUCUCAAAAUGAUGAAGAAGAACCGAGACACAUUCAGGCAGAGGUCCUACAACAAGAGGAGGUUUUAGUAAGAGAGACACAACUGAUGGACCGACACGUACCUGGUGCUAUUGAUGAGAUGAUCUGGUCCAAAAAGACCCCGUCAGUGGCAGCCAGUGUACCAAACAAAGUAGACACAGUUGACAGUGAGUACAUGCCUGCCACUAAACAGUCAAAAUCAAUGGAUCUCACCUCAAAUUCAAUCGAUGCAGCUGUUGGUCAUGAAGGAGAGUCAGUUACAGUAUGUCUUGUAAGUAAUGCACACGCAAACUCCCAAGGUAGUGCAAGUGCAACAUUAGGAAAUGUGGCAGAAGUCAUUAAAAAACAUGAGGCUAAAGAAUCCGUCCAUAUAGUCAAUAGUAUGUCCCUUGAUUCCUGUGAUGUUGAACAUCAUGUUCAUGAUAAGCCUCAGGCAGGUUUGACCCUUAAAAGCACUUUAAAAGGAAUACAUGAUCAGUGCCUACCAGUGAAUUCCAGUCAUUAUCUCCAACCUACAGCAUCUGGAAGUCCUCUCACUUUCGAUCUAAUCGAGCAGAGCUUGUUCGAUGUACCCAAAGCACAAAUUCAUCACAGUACCAAAGCAGAUGUUAUUGGAUCUCCCGGUGGGGGGCGUGGGGAAAGCACUGAGAGCAUCAUUGCUCAUGCUGUGGAAGACUACAUUGAAACAACAUGUAAAGAAAUCCCUGCAGAUACCAAAGAUUUUCCUGUGAGCAUCAAAGCCCAGCAAGCAAAAGAUGUGCUCGAUAACUUGCAUGUCAGGCAUGUUACCCAAUGCACUGCAGCUGAAACCAUCCAGAAUCAAGAGUCAGAGCCUCACGAUAUCACAUGUAGGAAGUCAAGAAAAAGGAUCAAAGGUGGCCAAGAUGCAUGUACUAGCACUUUAAAAUUCCCCAAAAGAUGUCAUUCUUCCCCUGAAAAACCCAUACCAGUGACUCCCAACAAGACUGACAAAGACUUGAAAGAUAGUUCCAACACUGGACAUAAUCAAUCUUUCAGUUUCAAACAAGAAUGUUUUGUGGAGAACAAGCUGGGUCAUGAAGAAAAGUAUAUUUUCAAACUGAAUACUGCAGAAAAAAAUAUUGAGAAUGAGGUUAAGACUACAGCUCACGCCAAUCCAAGGAGUUUUGGCACAAAUUAUUCUUGCAUUAUUAAUGAAAAAAUAUCAGAAGUAGUGCAAGAACAUCUAAAAAUGUCAGUUGAUAGUGGUGGUGACCAUCAGCAUCUAUUUUCUGUUACAAACAGUGGCUCUACAAAGAGUCUAAAAGAAAUCAGCAUAGAGUGUACACAACAGCAGCACAGCGCAGACAUUGUCCAGGAUUACUGUCUUCCAUCCUCUCAAACAGUAUCCCUCUCGCCACAGUGUCUGAAAUUAAAUCAAAACGACAUUACAAAAGAUCUGCCAAGUUGCAGUGACCAGCAAGACUUUGGAUCACUCCAAGUUGUAAAAGACCAAACAGGUUGUGGGAGUAAAGAGGUCAACGCACACAUGGACACAAAGAGUCUAAGGAGCAGUGCUGGACGCACAAGUGAGGAAAGUUUAAACAAAGGCUUGUCUGUAUUUCUACAACAGGAUAUCCCAGAGGAACUGCAAAUGGAUAGCAGUAAGUCGAAACGAGACAUAAUGCUUGCCACAUUAAAAGAAGCUGGGAAAGCAGUUCAGUCAGAUAUAUGUAACAUCAGUGCCAAGCUGGGAAAAGGGACUCUUAGUGCUGGCAGCUCAAUGCAACACACCGAAUCACUGAAAGUAGCAAACACAGAGAAAUACAACGCCUCUGUCAUGACAGGGCAACUUGGAGUAUGUGAAAUCAUCCCACCUCCUGCUGUUGAAGGUGCAGUCGGAGAAUCGGCCACAUUCGCAAAGCAACACACAGAAUUACUCAAAGUGGCAAACACAGUGAACGACAAGGCCUCUGUCAUGACUGGACAGCUUGGAGUACCUGAUGUUAUCCCGUCUUACACUGCUGAAAGUGCAGUUUGUAAAUCUGCCACAUUCUCAAUACAACACACAAAAUCACUGAAAGUAGCAAACAUUGAGGAAAAUGAUGGCUCUGUCAUGAUUGGUCGUGGAGUUUCUGAAAGCAUUCCAUCCCCCACAGCUGAAGGUGCAAUCAGUAAAUCAGCCACAUUCGCAAAGCCACACACAGAAUCUCUCAAAGUAGCAAACACGGUGAGGGACAAGGCCUCUGUCGUGACCGGACAGCAUGGAGUUUCUGAAAGCAUCCCAUCUCCCGAUGCUGAAGGUGAGGUUGGAGAAUCAACCACAUUAGCAAAGCAACACACAGAAUCGAUCAAAGUGGCAAACACAGUGAAGGACAAGGCCUCUGUCGUGACUGGACAGUUUGGAUUAUCUGAAAGCAUCUCAUCUCCCGCUGCUGAAGGUGAGGUUGGAGAAUCAACCACAUUAGCAAAGCAACACACAGAAUCAUUCAAAACAGCAAACUCCGUGAAAGACAAGGCCUCUGGCUGGCUGACUGGACAGCUAGGAGAAUCUGAAAGCAUCCCAUCCCCUACUGCUGAAAGUGCAGUCGGAAAUACAGCCACAUUCUCAAUACAACACACAAAAUCACUGAAAUUAGCAAGCAUUGAGGAAAAUGAUGGCUCUGUCAUGACCAAACAAUGUGGAGUAUCUGAAAGCAUUUCACCUUCCGCUUUUGAAGGUGUUAUCGGAGAAUCAUCCACAUUCGCAAAGCAACAUACAGAAUCACUCAAAGUAGCUAACACAGUGAAAGGCAAGGCCUCUGUCAUGACUGGACGACAUGUAGUGUCUGAAAGCAUCCCACCUCCUGCUGUCAAAGGUGCAGUUGGAGAAUCAGCCACUUUCACAAAACAUCACACAGAAUCACUCAAAGUGGCAAACACAGUGAAAGAGGAGGCCUCUGUCAUGACUGGACAGCUUGAAAGCAUCCCAUCCCCCACUGCUGGAAGUGCAAUCAGAAAAUCAACCCCAUUCUCAAUGCAACACACAAAAUCACUGAAAGUAGCCAACAUUGAGAAAAAUGAAGGCUCUGUCUUGACUGGACAAUGUGGAGUAUCUGAAAGCAUUCCAUCCCCCACUGCUGAAGGUGGAGUCGAAGAAUCGGCCACAUUCGCAAAUCGGCACACAGAAUCACUUAAAGUGGCAAACACAGUGAAUGACAAGGCCUCUGUUAUGACUAGACAGCUAGAAGUAUCUGAAAGCAUCCCACCUUCCACUCUUGAAAGUGCAGUCAGAAAAUCAGCCACAUUCUCAAUGCGACACACAAAAUCACUGGAAGUAGCAAACAUUGAGGAAAAUGAUGGCUCAGUUAUGACUGGACAAUGGGAAGUAUCUGAAAGCAUUCCAUCCCCCACUGCUGAAGGUGCAGUCAGAAAGUCAACCACAUUCACGAAACAACACACAGAAUCACUCAAGGUAGCUAACACAGUGAAUGGCAAGGCCUCUGUUAUGACUAGACAGCUUGGAGUAACUGAACUGAGCACUACAUCCCCCACUGUUGAGGCUGCUGUUGGAGAAUCAGAUGCACCAUUUGUAAAACAAGCGCUGGCAAAGAAUGGCGUAAAUGGUUAUGACAUCCAUCCAGAAGACAACAUAUUGUCAGUGCUUUGUCCUAGAGAGGGAGGAAAUGUCCACUUUGAGCAAACCCAUGUGCAACUACAACAUUUUAAUAAAUCUGCAGUUUUGGCUGAUGAAAUUCAUAAGGAAAGGAUCGCUGAACCAAGCAAAAAAAGAGAAAACUCUCAGAUAAUGGAUUUAUCAACAGACCUCUCUGGUUUGGACACAAAAAGAAAAUAUGUUACAUCUGAAAUGUGUCCAAUUGACUUAAAUGGACAGAUCACACAGAGUUCUCACUUGAACAAUCUGCUGAAACAGACUGAAACAGAAAAUAUUUGGAUACCAGAACCUCCCACUGAACAAUCAACACUAAUAUUUGCUCAGCAUAUGCCAAAUAGCCAAGAUAAUCAAUCAAGGCAUUCACACAGUACUUCUAACUUGACAGAAUACACAGCUCAAAACCUAAACAAGAAUGGGAAAACAUUCAGUUCACAGAUGACGGUCAAGGCUCCACAACAGAGAAUUACUGAUACACAUCCUUGUAGUGAAUCAUCCAUAGGAAACUCAAAAACCCUGAAAUAUCAAGAGAUCUUACAAGGUCAUGCUAGCAUCCAGCAGUGUCCUUUUGACAAAACUACAGCCAGUAAUUCUAGUAGCCACUUACUGAAUACCGAGGGAAAUACAGUAGGUGAAGAUAGUAUAAUUCAGAGGGGGGUGCACAAUUGCAGUGCUUUGUCCUCAUCAUGCCACAGACUCCCAGAAUCAAAUGCUGUACUUCAAGCUCAGACAGGCCAACAGCGAGAACACUUUCAGCAUGCUGAAUUAAAUGUGUCACAUCUCUCCCAAACAAGCACCAAACAGUUGAACACUCAGGGGCCUAAGUACAUUAACACAAUUGAUUUGGAGAUUUCAUGUAAUGGAAAGCAUUCACCUGGUGCAUCAGAGGACAUGUUCCAGAGUGCACGUCAGUUAUCCAGCCAAGAGAAAUCUAGCUUUUUGCCGUGUAAAAAGACUGUGCAACAAUCACCGCAGGUAACAUCAAAUCUGAAGGUUCCAUCUGAAGUCUCUGUUGAUGUAUGUGGGCUUAGGAGGACUCAAUGGCAAUUGUCAAAAGGCGCAGAAGACAGUGAUUCAAGAGAUGAUUCAAACUUAAGUGGAGACACAAGUAGGUUAGCUCUCACUAAACCCAGAGACUGCAGAGACACCCGAAUAGCUGGUAAUCAGAAGAUGAAGACAAAGAAGUUCAGAAGAGCUCAGGCAAUGGCUGCUCCCAGUUCAUCAAGUGAGUCAGUACCUGACUCUUCUUCAACUGAAAGUAUCCCAGUGAAGAUGCGUCAGUAUAGAUCUUCUGCCAGGACCAAACCGGAACUUCAGACUGGUAAACGAGAAGAAUCAAGACACGUUAGAUUAGGCCCACAGUUUACUGAAGACCAAAAGUCAAAGACACGCUCCAUUCAAAGUCAGACUUCACUGGAGAGGAAAGUGAAUGAGAGCAGUGGUUUACAGUCUCCAAACAGUAGAGUCUCACUUACAAAUGCAAAAUUGUCCUCUGCUACUGUGACAACCCAACAACAUGAUGAUAAACAGAGCUUUGUCUUUACUCAAAAGGAACACAGACCUACGGAGACAUUGAAUUCGAGUGAGAAAAAAGAUCAUUUCAGUGUUGUUUCACCCGUAAAUGCAAACCACUGUAAAAUCACAGAUGAUACCCAUUUGAAACACAUUUUAAAUUUGUCUAAACAGUUGAGCGAUACCCAAUUGGAUAAUGAUAUGUUGAAGAAAGAGGACGCUACCAUGCAAUUUGCGUCUAUCGACAUCAAUCCAUUCAUUCACCCUUGGCAAGACACAGAGCCCAAUAAAGCAACCUACAAAAACCAAGUGUUUGGAAGUGCAGCUGAGAUCUGCAGCAAAUACCCACUUCUGAAUUGUCCUGACAAGCAAAUGACUAGAUGUUGCAGUGUUGACAAUGGCCUCAAUGUUCAGAACUCUCCAUUUAACUCCCAUCUUAGGACUUAUGCAAACAGCAGAGGACUGUCCAGUACGCUGAGCAGUGUGGAAGAUUUUAAAGAGCAGGUAGCCACCCAGUCUCAUGUUAUGGCUUGUCGCCAAUCAUCUUUAGAUGAAAAUGGACAGAACCUGACUACGGCAUCUUGCAGCUCUUCUUACAGUGGUGCCUCUGGGGAUCUGGGCAACAGUUCAGGUCAGGUGGAUGAAAUCAUGCUGGUUUACCCUUCUCAACAAGAGUCCCAGGGCUUGGGGAAUCAAAGCAUUAGUAUGUGCGACCACAGCACUCAGACAAUCACUCAGGGUGGAGACGUGAAGAGAAGAAGGUGCCAUCACCGGAGCAGCACUCAGGUUGAGACAACCUUGCAGGGGAAGGUACCUGCCACAUGGGCCAGUCUUCAGAAUAUGUCGGCUCAUCUGUCCGAGCUGAUACACAACACAUCCGAUCUUCUGGGGAACAUUCAGUGCAUGAGGAGUGGAUCCGUCCAAAGACAGGAGCACUUCCGGAAGACCAGGCAUCCCAAUCAAACCAGCAUCAAAGAUGGCUCAACCCAAACAACACUGGAUAUUGGGAUACAAACUGAAGAGGUGGACCACACUAAGAACACACACAAAGGUCCAGUUACAGACUCAAAUUCCAAAGCUCAUGAGGUAAAUGUUAUUGUCAAAGUCAUUGGCCCCAAUUCUCUCACUGUGUCUGAGGGGGAUGAUAUCACUCUUUCUCUGUAUGAUAGAGGGAGUGGUAGAUUCUCUGAAAAUAUCAAGAGCAUGCCUGACUUACGAGAAAAUAGGUCCCGUUCUUCCGGACGGUUGCAUUCUAAAGGCACCCCUCUGAAAGUUCCCUCUCUAGAGACGGUGUUGCCAAGUGACAGCCACAUUACCCCCGAUGUCUCUCCAGUUUUCCCCAAAGACCUGAACUUUGACAAAGUCUCCCCUUCAGGUUUUGGACUAUCAACAAUUAGAAAGUGCUCUUCACAGAUAGAUGUCCCAGAAAAUCAAACACCAUUCAGACGUACAAGGAAUUAUUCUUGCAAGCAAGUUAGCUUCACUGACCGUGCCUCCUCUCCUAUUCUCACUGUUGAGGCUGGUGUAGGAGGCCGGGAUAGAAGAACCUCAACACCAUAUCAUGACUCAGCUGAAAGGCACAACCAUACUGAAAAACAGAUUCACACCAGCAAAAUGACCUCUCCUAGGACUGAGCAGCUUCAGACUACCUCUACUAAAAACAGCCCAGGAGAACAACAUGAUUAUGAUCUUAGGAAGACAUAUAGUUCUUCAGAUAUUUCAAUUGGAACUAUCUCUACUGGACAUAUUAGUGACCUCAGUAAAUCUACUUCAGAUGUUUCAAAUGGAUCCUCGACCAACUCUCAAAUCAAGAGCCCGAAUUCCAGAACAUUUCCUCACAGAAAUACCAGUGAAAAAGGAACUGGUCAGUCUCCUUUUCAAACACCUCCCUGUCCACAAAAUCUGAAUUGGGUGCCUUCUCUUUCUCAGUCUACCUCCUCAUACCAACAGCCUCUCCAUGAUAGACAACAGAGACAGCUAUUCUCAUCAUUUGACAAUCAGAGAGGACUUGACCACCACGUCACAGAAACGCCCCACAGAGUGCCAGACAAUCUGAGAACAUUCUGGAAUGGACCAUUUGAGCUGGCAGACACCAGGCAGCAGCACACACUUGAAUAUCAGGAUGAUGACCUCAUGUCAGUCGCUCCAAGUGAGUGCAACACUGAUGUUUUGGUUAGUAUAAACCCACUCACUGAAAAUCGGUCUCCGGAAAAGCAACACCUGAUCCCUUAUGACUUACCACUCCACAACAAAUUCAGCAACUGGUCUGGCCUGAGUCAACAGCAACCUCCAAGGCUUAUUGCCAGCCCCCAGAGGCUUGAUAACAAAGGCACCUCAAUGCAGAAUCCACAAAGAAAGCAUGUUCUGUCAGAGAGUUUGAGCUCCAGCUUUAACCUUGACCCUGGGGUACACAAAGAUAACCGGAUGAGGGAGAUUGAGAGGCUGCGGAAGGAGAGAGAGAAGGUGAUGGCCAGUGUCCAUUUGGAGAUGAACCCCCACCAGCUCACUGUAGAAAUGGCUGAGGCCAAGUUGCAUUAUGGGUUGGGUGAGACCGAUGCCCUGCUGAAGGUGCUAAAGUCAGGACCCAGGGAACAGUCGCCACCUCUCACCAAGCAGCACCUGUAUGACAAGCAUAGAAAGAGUAUUGAGGGGCUUAAGCAGGAACGAGAAGCACGUCUGCAGACGUGUCGUCGAGCUCGCAGUCUCAGUCCCAGCAAACAUGGUAGCGUUUCCAGUCGUGACCCAGACUCCUCCCCCAAGAUCAGUGACACACCCACACGCAGACGGGAGUACCUUCAGCAGCUCCGCCAGGAGGUAGUGGAGACUAGCAGAGUCCCAGAGCCUCCGAGGAGGGAGGGCCAGUGCCCCUCUGAGAUCGAGAUCCUGCUGCGGGAUUACAGCCGUGCCCGCGAGGAGGCGAGGACCGAGAUUGCCCGCGCACGAGACCGCCUGCGCGAGCGCACGGAGCAGGAGAAGAGACGGCUGCAGCAGCAGACUCUGUCUCAGGUGGUCAGGGAUGACUUGCGAACUCGUAACCGUGUGAGCAACAGCACACUCUGCACUGGCUCCAGCUUAAGCCUAGCCUCCAGCCCCACCUCAGGGUACAACAGCAGCAACCCUGCCAUCAUCCGAGACAUGCAGGUCACCACUGGUGUACUUGAGAUGGGGUCCAAGGUUGUUGCCAGGCCUCCCACUGAGGUGGCCUCAUACUCUGGUGGAUCCCAGAGUAUGAGGUCCCAGCGCACAUGGACAUCCGCCCAGGAUAUCCGACUGGAGUCGCAGGGGUCAGGAAGUGACCCUCGUCCGUCCAACUCCCCGUCCUCUAUUCCAUCUCUCCGUCCACGCGCACUCUCUUUUGGCUCCCCCUCCUCUCUUGCCACGGCCUACCAGGACAUCGCCUCUCAUGCCCUCACUCACGCUCUGGCUGAAGUCCGUUUAGCCAGUGCUGGAGAGUUACGCAACCUGCUGGCAGGGAAGAGUGCUGCUGGAUGGAGGCACCAGGGUUCCGAGCGUGGGGUGCAGGUGUUCCACAAGCCGGGCCCCAGGGCCACUGUGCACGGCUUCCUAGGGGCCAUGGAGCUGCAGAGGCCUGUGGAGAGCCUGAGGAGCGUGAUCCGAGACCACUCCAAAGCCCACCUCUACAACUCCUCCGUCAGCUCCAGCUGGACCCGAGCACUGGACGAACACACUCAGCUGGUUUACAUGCUGAGCCAUCCCUCCUCCUUCAACCUGAAACAACCACGAGAUUUCUGCUGCAUCAGCACAGAAGCAAAGCAGGACAAGCGCUGGGUGAUGGCCAUGCAGUCCGUGUACGAGGAGUCUCUGCCGCGGCCCAGCGUAGACGCGGUCCGAGCCGAGGUGCUGCCCAGUGCCUGGAUCCUGCAGCCCAGCCGCAAGCAUGGCCAAGAGCACGUCACUGUGAUCUACAUGCUGCAGGUGGACUUGGGUCCUCCCGCCAUUCCUCACAGACUAUUAGGUGCUAUUGCUAGAAAACAGGCCUCUGUCAUUGCUGAGCUUGAUGCCUUUUUCUCCCUGUGAAAGGGUGGCUUGGACGUGCAGCCUCGUGCAACAUGAUGCACAAAGGCUGCAGAAGAGAAGAGUCGCUAUGCCUAUAGAUACAGCAAACGCUUCUGGCUAAGUAUGGAGCUGUAAGGAGCAGCAACAGCUUCAUGUUAAACAUGCACAUCCACUAUAGCUACAAGAUAUGAGUGCAGCUGCAUGGUACAGUAUACACCAGUUUGGCUAUAAAUAUUUGAUGUAUUUUUGUGUGUCUACAACUGUAGCUUGCAGCUGUACAUAUAUGAGCACUUCCAUCUACAGAAGGGCUUGUACUGUCCUCACUGAAAUUUGCACCUCUUUGUUAUUUUGUUCUUUUUGAUUAUGUAAUUACGUGUUUCUGUGACUUGAUUCUAUAUCCGCACUGAUGGAAUGUGUAAAUUGUGAAUGAUUUGUCUUCCUGUUUUCUAAUGAAGUGUUUUUUUUUUACUGAAGUUAUAUCUAAAUUGUUCUCAAUCACUUGGUGCCAAAGAGUAGUGUAGUUUCAUGUUGUUUACAAUAAUUGUCUUAAUGGUUGCCUAAAUGUUCUCCAUAUAUUUUGAAUCCAAAGUGCUCCUUAUCACUCCACCUAAUCCAUGGUUAUUAAUUGCACAUGAUCAGAGAAUCUUAAAUUAAAAGCCUGGUACUUCUUAAGCAUAGUUUAGCUGUUGAAAGUGGUGAAAAUUAGUGUUAUUUGGUGAUUAUUCAGUUAUCAGUAAUAUCUAACUUAUAUUGUAAAUUCAAUUGACAGCUAGGGACUGAACAAAUGCUCUUAUAUAUAAAGGCUUGUGAAAUAUCUUAUCAAGUAAUGUAGUUUGAACAGGCAGACCUGUACAUUUUGCCAUGUUGUUAGUCACAUGCAAUGUAAAAUGUUUAUUUUAGCCUGCAUGAACAACUAUUAUAGUGGGUAAUUUACCCACUCAAUCUCCUACAUAGAAACAAACCACUUCUCACUGUACAAACACCACUCUCAAGGAUCAAAUACUUAAAUUUGUGCACUAAAAUAUAUGAUUAUAUGUGUAAAGAUCUAUUUUUUAAGCCGAGACCUGAUAAGCUUAUUUUAUCUUUUUUAUCUUUUUUUUUUUUUUUUAUCAUAUUUAUGAAUGCCGUCAGUAUUUUAUUUUAUGUUGAUUCUGUGGCUAGUCUGUGAGUCAGUGGAAUAGCAGCUCCAGCUGUGUGCAGUUGAAGGUCACCAGCUAACUCUUAUUUUUGCGUACCAUUCUAUUUGACAAGAAAAGUCAAAACUCAAAGAUGGCGAUGGACCCGUGAUAGCAUUUUUUUUUUUGUCAGAUCUUAUCAGAGUCUUAAUUAAAUGGUUAUAAAGAUCUGGAAGCUUUUUUCUUGUUGUUGGAGCACUGUUUUGGUUCCAUGGUGAACCCAAAAAGAAGGACCUAGAGGUCUCCAUUUCCUCUGGGACAGGGAAAUUAUGCAGAGGAAUUGUUCUCCUUUAAUUUAGAAUAGACGUUACAAGAUCAUUGUACAACCAUUAAAUGAAUCUGUACAUAUCUAGAAAUGUAGCAUUUGACAGAAAUGUGCACCAUUUAAAUAUAUGUAAUUUAUCUUCUCUAUUUGUGGUAUUGCUUCGGUAUCUAAAUAUUUUUAUACAUCUACAGAAUGUUUAAUUUAUGUGCAUAAGUGCAUUAUUUUCUUAAAUACAGACUUUUCUCACAUA